GAACAAAUAGGACAGCAGUAUAAAUAGUCCAGUAAUUCGACUCUCAAGGCAUCAAUCGUGUUCAAUCCUCCGCAAAAGCGAGUACUGGUAUACCAGCAGCGCUAACGUUUAAAGUAUUAUCAAAUAUGAAAGUGUUUAUCGUGGUCUCAUCUCUGCUGGCUGUUGCCACUGCUGCUCCAUCGGUGUUAACGCAGCAGGUUUACGCUACCAUCCCAGCUACGACAUACAUCGCUGCCCCAGCGGAAGUGACCAGCCAAUUUCACGCACAGGAUGAACUAGGUCAAUACUCAUAUGGAUAUAGUGGAGGACUUUCCGCGAAGACGGAGACCAAGUCUCUGGAUGGAGUGACUCGUGGAUCGUACACAUUCCUGGAUGCUGACAACAAAGUGCAAACCGUUAGCUAUACCGCUGAUGCCGCUAAUGGUUUCCGCGCCGAGGCCAGUAACUUGCCAGUUGCUCCAGUUGAGACCCGAGCUGCUCCUGAACCAGUCCAGGAUACUCCCGAAGUCGCCCAAGCUAAGGUUGAACAUUUGGCCGCUGUUGAGGAAGUGAAAGCACGUAAUAGCGCUGCUGAUGAGGCAGAUGCCGCAGAACCAGCCUCCGUUGUUGUGAACUCUGCCCCGGUUGCCGCUAUUACUCCAAUCACCACCUACAACGCUGCCGUCCCAACUAUUGCCUACGCUCCUGCAUCUGGUUUCUCCUACUCCACUUCUACUGUUUCCCUGAAACCACAACCUGUGGCCAUUUCCACAUAUGCUGCCCCAAUUGCAGCACCAACUGUUGAGGUCAAAGCUCCAGCAUCCUUUGCCUAUUCCACAUACACCCACAACAUCCCUACUGCCGCUAUUCAGUACAGUGCUGCCCCAGUCACCACUUACGCUGUGAACGUGCCAGCUCCAUCGUACGCCUACGCCUACAGUGCACCUGCCUACUAUACCUCGGCCAACUUCGCUCCAUUGAUCGUGAAUGCUCGUUCUGCUCCCGUCGCCGUGCCAGAACCUGUUCAGGAUACUCCCGAAGUUGCCCAAGCUAAGGCCGAACAUCUGCAGGCUGUGGCCGAAGCCAAGGCUCGCAACCUACAGUAAACACAAAUAUACGCGCACACCGGUGGUCUCAAGUAGACCUCAACGGAGAACGACCUACCAGUAACGCAAUCUAGCUCACCGGAAAUAAAACUGCAAAACUAUUGUAAAAAUGUACAAUUUCGAAAUAACUGCAACACUUUAGCUUAUAUAUGGAAUGUAAAUUAUGCAAUCGUUAAAAAGGACGCACCUGUGCUGAAAAACGCAAAUAAAAUAAUAAAAAAAAACAAAUGGAUGUCAAAUACAAA